GGCCUACACUCAGUUGGGUGUCUCAAGAAAAUAAGUCAGUUUGUGCAGGAUAAUUACACAAAUGUGUCGUCAUUUUUUUAAAGAAAGUACAUUUUCGAGCUGUUGGUGUUUUUGGGCCAAACAGGAGGAAGGUCACCUGCAUAAAGCCACAGAAACAAGGCAGAGACGAGGGAUUUCAAGGACGCGUGGACUUCAAUUUAAUCGAAGAGGCUGAGAGUGGAGUGGAAGAGUGACACACGGAGGAGAGAAGUUCAUUAUUCUGCUGAAAAGGAAACCAAUGGCUUUCACAGUCACCAUGCCCUCUCCUCUCACCCAGCGUGGCAACCCUUUCAAAACGGGAAGCUCCAGGGAGCUGCCAUGGUGGUGGUGCCGCCGUCUGAAUGGCCGUGGUUGGAGUCUGGGCCGUGGAUGUCACUGCUAUCUUCCAGUCCAUGGUCCUGCUGCUGGCCCUGCUGGUGGCCAGCUGUUGAAGGUGUGUCUAACAGAGGGACUGGGAAGCAGCAGCAGCAGCAGCAGCAGCAGCAGCCUUGGGACCAGUCAGACCUUGGUUUUGAGUGACAGUCCCUCCACCUAAUGACUGAACUUAAGACGCUUUCACUGCCUCAGACGGGCCCACAGUAAGAGAUGAUCGUCCACAACGUGUGAUGCGGAGCUGCACGCUGAUUGGUCGCCUGGCUCCUCAUUGUCACGCUGUCAAUCCACAUCACAUGGUCCGGCCACUAGGCCUAUUAACACAUGAGCUUGGGGAACAAGUUUACAGACUUCAGUUUGAGAGCCGUGCGGGACAGACUGAGCAGCUUUAACAGCAGAGAGAGAAGAGAAGCACCUGCAAGAGACACAUUUGGCACAACUUUUGCGCACAACUUUUUAAUCCUAUAUGAGACUGGUCAGUACCUCUACUACCUCUUUAACUUUUCUGGCGCUUGUUUUAUGAACUUUUUUUUUUUUUUUUUUUCAUUGAACACUGAAAAAGCCAGCCAGAAUAAUGUAUAACAUGAUGGAAACCGAGCUGAAGACUCCUCUGCCGCAGUCCAACUCUGCGCCAAAGAACAACAACAACAGUGCCAACAAUGACCCGGAGCGCGUCAAGAGACCCAUGAACGCCUUCAUGGUGUGGUCCCGAGGCCAGCGGAGGAAGAUGGCUCAAGAAAACCCUAAAAUGCACAACUCAGAAAUCAGCAAGCGACUCGGAGCCGACUGGAAACUUCUCACCGAUGCGGAGAAGAGGCCGUUCAUCGACGAGGCCAAGCGUCUGCGCGCAAUGCACAUGAAGGAGCAUCCGGAUUAUAAAUACCGUCCGCGCAGGAAGACCAAGACCUUGCUGAAGAAAGACAAGUAUUCCUUACCAGGUGGGCUUUUGGCUCCAGGCUCCAGCUCCGUGAACAGCUCUGUGUCUGUGGGUCAACGCAUGGACGGAUACGCGCACAUGAACGGCUGGACGAACAGCGCGUACUCUCUCAUGCAGGACCAGCUGGCUUAUCCUCAUCAGCACCACAGCAUGAACAGCCCGCAGAUCCAGCAGAUGCACCGGUACGAGAUGGCUGGGCUGCAGUACCCGAUGAUGUCGUCUGCGCAGAGCUACAUGAACGCUGCGUCCACGUAUAGUAUGUCUCCUGCAGCGUACACCACCACGCAGCAGCAGGGCAGCUCCAUGGGACUGAGCUCCAUGUGCAAGACCGAGCCCAGCUCACCACCGCCGGCCAUCACGUCCCACUCUCAGCGGGCGUGCUUGGGGGAUUUGAGGGACAUGAUCAGCAUGUACCUGCCUCCAGGUGGUGGAGAGAGCGCGGAGCAUUCCUCUCUGCAGGGCAGCCGGUUACACAGCGUCCAUCCGCACUAUCAGAGCGCAGGGACUGGCGUCAAUGGGACUCUACCUCUCACACACAUCUGAGAGAGAGAAGAGAGAGAAGCAGAAAGACUUUAAAAAAAAAAAAAAAAAAGUACUUCGGAUACUUGAACUUUUUUUUUUGGUUGCUAAAAAUUGUUCAAAAAACAAUUUUAUUCUCUUGAGUUUUAAAAUGCAUUUUGAAAAAUGGACCGAGCCCAUCAGAGUAAAAUUGCAUUGCAAAAAAAAAGAGAGGCUUUUUAUCACAGUUUUUUGUUCAAAAAACAAUUUUAUCUCUUGACUUUUAAAAUGCAUUUUGAAAAUGGACCGAAACUAAAAAAAAAAAAAAUAGAAAUAAAAGUACUUCGGAUACUUGAACCUUUUUUUUUUUGGUUGCUAAAGAAACAAGUUUUUUUGUUCAAAAAAUUAUUCUCUUGAGUUUUAAAAUGCAUUUUGAAAAAAUGGACCGAGCCCAUCAGAGUAAAAAUUGCAUUGCAAAAAAAAGAGAGGCUUUUUAUUAUCACACAAGUAUAAGCAAUCAAACUUUAUGUAGAAGAAUUGGACUUCUAUAUUUUAAUUAAUGCCAUAUUUUCUGUCUAUGAAAAGGCAUGUGGCCUCAUUAAGAGAGGCUUGGUGUAUUUCAGAAAAGCUGGAUGGAAAAAAAAAGUUGCUUCAUAAAUGUUUACACUUAAUUUGUAGAGAAUGUCAGUUGUCUCGACUGUGUCCAAAUUUUUGUAGUCUCUUUAUUAUUUUCUCCCUCCCUUCAUGACCUAUAGGUUCAAAUGAAAUGUUAAGACUGUGCGGGUCGCAAACGCAAGUUUUAUUUAUAGUAAGAGUUUUUUUUAUUAUUAUUUUUUUUUUUUAGCUUGUGAACCCGAUUGUUUUUUGUCACGUGAAAAAAAAUGUUCAAAAUUUGUUUUUGUAAAAUGUUAUUUUCUGUGAUGGUUUUUGACAGUGUCAUGUUUACUCAUUAUCCUGAACGAAAAUGUUUAUUUAAACUGACGUUUCUACAUAUUUUAAGACCAUCCUCUAUUCUUAAAUGCUGAAUAAAUUUGUACGAAACAUGA